AUGUCAAGAGCCAACAAUGCUAAUCCCGCCGCUGCACUUAGGCGAAGCCAACUCAUCGCUAAGAAAGCACGACGCAACGCACAGAACACCAGUGCCUUCAGUCCCAACGGAUGGGCUCGAUCGCUGGUGGCAGGUGUGGCAGCCACCAUAGCCCAAACUAUCCACGAUGUCAUCAGUACGGAACCAGUGGCAGACUCAGAUGCAGACAGCGAAACAUACUAUAACCACUCUGGAUCGCCCACACG